AUGACACCGGUGGAUGCGGGUGGAGACCCCAAAACGGGCGUCUACACUCAAUACGACGACCUGGGAUCAACAGCUGCAAACACAAGAGCCAAUUCGACAUUCUCACUAUCAUCAAUGGAUUCUACCAGAAGGAAUUCUGAAGAAAAUCCCUGUGAUAAUUCUAAAGAUGUCGGCGUCGAUGUCGUCGAGCUACACGCCGUCUCUACCCGACCCCGUGGGAACUCGCAUAUGGGCGAGGCACUUGAGAAUCUCUCACGAACAAUGUCAAACAUGCCAGAGGACCAAGGGAAUCUUGACCUUGCUGCCGUACAGUCCCGUCGCUCAAAGCACAUGCCUGAUCUCGAAGAGGUCGAAUCUCCCCUGGCGAAGUAUCAGGGCGUUCCCCCCGAACUAGGCAGUCUUACUUCCGAGCUUGUUUUCGUGUUCGUCUGCUCUGCCGGACUGAUGUUCUUCGCUUUCCUACUUGGUGAUAUCACCGUGAACCAAAUCGAGCUUCGGCGGGCAUUAGGCAUCACCAAUAGUGAGCUUCCAUGGCUCCUAGGUGCCUAUACACUUCCACUCAGUCUUUCGGUUGUGAUAGCCGGCUCAUUGAGUGACCUCACACCACCGCGAAUGAUCAUGGUUGGAGCGUUCGCCUGGUUAACAAUCUGGAAUAUCGUUGGCGUCUGGUCCGUCACUCCCGAGAAGGUGAUUCUCUUCUACAUCGUUCGAGCGAUGCAAGGCCUCGCAAUCGGAGUCCUAGUCUCAGGCUCAAUGAGCAUCCUUGGUCGAAUCUAUAAACCCGGCUUACGGAAGAAUAAAGUAUUCUCCGCAAUGUCCGCCACCUCGCCUUUUGGGUUCUGGCUAGGGGGUAUUCAAGGCGGAGCGUUCAAAUCAUGCCUGUAUUGGAUUUUCGGAUCAAAUGCCAUCAUCUCGGGGAUGUGUCUGGUGGCUGCUUAUAUGGUCAUCCCGCCUUUGCGUCCUAUGGCUGAUAUUGUCGGCACGGAAGCGCCUUCGAUUCGUCAGUUUGAUUUUCUUGGCGCCGGAUUUGCUGUUACGGGUUGUGUUUGUCUCCUCUUUGGACUUACACAAGGUGCUGUUGUGGAGUGGUCCCCAUACACAUAUGCAUUGGUAAUCGUGGGCAUCUUAUUAUUAAUCAGCUUCUUCUUCGUCGAACGCUGGGUUGAGCGCCCUUUAAUUCCUAAUCGACUUUGGGAGACGAAAGGUUUCACUCCGCUGAUGAUCGCCUAUUUCCUGGGGUAUGGAGCUUUCUCUGGCUGCUGGCAAUUCUACGCCAUCCAAUUCUGGCUUCGGAUCCAGCAGCAUAAUCCCCUUACCUGUGCGCUGUACCUCCUUCCGAAUGCCAUUUUCGGAGUACUCGCUACGUGGCUGGUGAGCAAGACUCUGCAUGUCAUUCCGGGUCACUAUAUCUAUUUCGUGGCUAUGCUCGCCUUUGGGCUUGGACCGGCUUUCUUUCUUCCCCAAACUGCUGGAACGAGUUACUGGCCACUUUCGUUUCCGGGAAUUGCUCUCGUCACGUUUGGGCCUGAUCUGUCGUUUGCGGCGGCGUCUAUCUAUAUCACGAGUAAUGUUCAGAGAUCCUAUCAAGGGAGUGCUGGGAGUUUGCUGGUCACGAUGCAGAAUUUGAGUACGGCUGUCAUGACAGCUGUUGGGGAUGCUAUUGGGAACAAGGUGCAGCAGGAUGCAUCUGGUAGCAUCGGUUUAGAGGGACUGCGAGCGAUUUGGUGGUUUGCUUUGGCAGCUGAGGUUGUUGCUGCUCUUAUUACGCUGAUCUGGGUAAGAAUUCCCAAGGAAGAAGAGAAAGAGCAUGUUACUUAG